AUGGGGAAACCCAAAAACACAAACCCCGGGAAGACAAAGGCCGGCCCUGGAACUAACAAUGGCGGCAACGCAAAGUUGACCACAGCCUCGAUUCCCGCCGCUCCGCCCGCGUGGCCCCAAUUCAAGCCGUCGUUACCGGUUGCCGACCUGGCUGCCGACCAGCUCGCAUCCUGCCCCGACAAGGUCAUCCUGAUUCGCAACUUUUGGCCAAAAUCCCUCUGCAGUUCCUAUGUCACAUUUUUGAGGGGUUUGCCGCUUGUCACCACCCCUGGUCGACCUAAGCGGGGAGAAGCGGUUAGGGUGAAUGACCGUUUUCAAGUGCAGGACGCUGCCUUUGCUCAACGCCUGUGGACGGAGACUGGACUGCGCGAAUCGCUUGCUCAAGAAGACAUUCAGGGUUUAUGGGGCGGUGAGGUCGUCGGUCUGAAUCCCAAUAUUCGCAUCUACCGUUACUCAAAGGGCCAGUAUUUUGAUGCACAUUGUAAGUCUUAUGGUCAUAUCAUUUUCUUGUCAUCCAACGCCACACACGCGAAGAGCGCUAGGCACUCUGCCAGUCAACCGGCAAGAUUUCUGCCGCUGCAUGCAACUAGGCCAACGGCCAAGUGCUCCGAGGUCCUCACGCGGUUGCCAUAG